UGCCUGUUCCGGGGAAGCUGCUGCUGCGAGGCUUGCCCUCAGCCCGCGGUCCUGUGUGUCCGACUCGCAGCAGUGGUGUAUUUACUGCCAAGUGCGAAGCAGUUUCCCCUGGGGCGCCGGGGCUGGGGACGGGUUUGCUACCAAGCCGGAAGAACAGGGAAGGCGGGGCCGGCGGCUGCGCCCGAGUCUAGCGUAGCUUCUGCUCUUAGGGCUCCCUCUUUUCUUGCUAAACAACGACUUUCCCUCUCCCGUCAGCUUCCAUGUGGUGGUGUGUGUGCGCUUCCCAGUGAUCUUGACAGUGAAGAUCUCGAAGGAUUUCAUAGGUAUUUUCUUCUUUGCUGUGUCAUCGUAGUCUGGUGGCAGAUAAGUGCUGAAGGCCCAGCUCGUUAGGUUCGAAAAGGGCAAAAGUGUUUGCGUUAGAUUGGGGGCAGUUCACCCUGCGGCCAGUUAGGGUGGAACGUGUGCCCUUGGGACGGCGUAACGGAAAGGCGCGGAGGUUGGGCGGUCCAGGUUAAUUUGAACGAUGAUUGUGGCUGAAGGUCUGGCAACAGCAUCGGAUCUCUCGUAGCGACUUUGGCCUGGCACGAAAGAAGGAAGCUCUGAUCCCUGGGAGUAUGGACAAAGGCUUUGGGCUGUAGAAUCGAUGCCUUCGGAUGAUCCUGUUGAGGAUAAUGGAUGUUGUGGGAAGCCCUGUGCCGUGUGGAUUCAUCUUCAUUUGCAGUUGCUCCUAGGCUCUGUGUGGUCGUACUUUUGGUUUUUAUUUUAACCAUUUACAUCAUAAAAUGCAGAAAAUGCAUCAUGAAGAAUAAUUGUGGCCUGCGUAGAUUUAUUUUCAUUAGGGGAAACUCACUAUUUAGAAUUUAAGUAUGCUACAUGAUAACUGGGGUUUCAGAAAUAGUUGCAAAGAGUGAAGGAGGUUACUCUCCCUCGCUAUGCCUGGAUAAUGACCUUUUUAUUCCUUAGUUAAAAAUUAUGGAUCUGAGAUACCGCUUUAAAUUUAGCCUCCUUCCAAUUUCUCUUUCUUUACCCUUCUCAGUCUUGAUUAGAAGAUGCACAUUUCACAAUUUUUAGUUAUAAUAGUGAUUAAGUAGAAUGAAUGGCUACAUAAAAUCUACAAAGUUACUUAAAAAGCACUUUUAAUUUCAGUGACUUACCCUUAAAUGAGCUUUUAGGGAUGGGUCCACUUUCUUUUCAUAGAAGUUGUCACAGAUUACUGUGUCUUUCAGUGAAUACAAAGUCACAAAAAGUACUUAGACUAUCUUCAGUUCUAGGAAAAAUUUAAGUGCAAAGUACUUUAAGCUUGUAGCAUAAAAAGUUUAAUCUGUGGACCCUUUUUUAAGGAAAACAAACUUGGCAGACCUCAGUGAAUGUCUUCAGACCCACUUUGUGGAACAGUAGUACUUAAGUGUAAGUACUAGACUAACAUUUAUUUACACAUUAAAAACACACAAAUUGUAAUUAUUAAUUUGACAGGUAUUAAAAAGUUUUUGGUAAGACUUCAUUAAAUCUUGUUAGUUUGGGUAUCCCUGAAAGGAUUAGAUGCAAAUUUCCUUACAAAAUACUACAUUGAGAUUUUUCAGUAAACUGGUAAUCCCAACAUUCCAUAUGAAGGAAUUUUUAUUAUGUUUUUACGUUCCCACAUUGUCUUUUAGGUUUCCUCAAUAAAGUGCAGGAUAGUUGUUUGAAAUGGAGUAAGGCUGUUGGCAAUAAAAUUCGAUAUUUAUCUCAGCAUUUUCUGUUUGAAUUAAGAUGGAGUUUAAUAUUUAAUGUUUUAGGGGUGUAAGAUAAGGAGUGUAUUGAGAUUUUUGAUUUUAGGGGCAUUGUAGUAGUUGCCUUAAUUAUAUUGGAAUCAUGAAAUUUGUUUUCAUGUUUGGAAGUGUGAGCUAUAUGUGUGGAACUUUAAAUUGUAUUCACAUGGGAGCCAUAGAUUUGUAUUCACUGCUUUAAAAAUUGAUUUUUAAAUUUUAAGUUUUGCUCUUCAUUUAUUGUGUUAUUUUGAAUGAAUGCCUUAUUUAUGUGAGUAGGUCUCAUGUUUUGAAAGGGAGGAGGAUAGCAAGAGAGUUGGAAGAAGUCAUUGAAGAUCUUUUUUGUUAUUAAAUUGCUAUUUUACUUGUAGACCAGUUUUUUUUUUUUUUUAAAGUGGAUGUAAAAAUUCUGCACAGCAGUGUGCAUGCACCGUAAGGAUAGAAUUAAGCUUGGACACAUUUAUAUUGAUACAUCCAUGUAACCACUGCAGUAUUCAAAAUAUGUAAUGUCCCUCACUACUUCUACUUUUCAUCAAGGAGUAGUUUAAUUUUUAGCAAGUGUUUUAAUCAUUUGCAGAUACUUAACUGGAAUAUCAACACCUUUUUGUGGAAGGAUGAUUAGUGUUCCCUUGGAACAAAGAAGACCAUUUUGUAAUGCCCAUAAUUGUGGUUCCCUAUACUGCUUCACUUUUGAUAGGUAAUACUGAAAUGGAUAUCCUAAUCUGGCGUUGUAUAAAAUAAGUUAUAGGGUUCAAGGAUUAAUUGUAUUUCAUUUUCUUUCCACAGUUAAGUUGCUUUUACAGAAUUAACAGGUCUCCAAGAAAUUAAAAAAAAAGGUAAGAUAUCUGGAGUUUAAGGUUUUUUGCAGACACUUAAAAAAUCCUAUGAAGUAGAAUAGUACCCAUGGUUUCUCUUCUUUAUGUCAGGCCAGUGAUGCGCUAGUGGUAGGCAUUUUAUUAUCAUGAGCAGAAAUUGUAUCCUAACUGUAGAUGGCUUUUCUAAAUAUGUAAAAUUCAUUGUAGCUGGCAAAAUAUGUUAGUCCACAAAGCUGUCUCAUGUUUUAGUAGAAGAUAUUUUUCUAAAUUAGUCUGAAAGUAGUUUGGUCUUGUUGUGAAGCAGCAUUUGGCAUAUGUACAAAGGAAGAUUUGAUAUUUUUGAUGUUCUUUAUGUAUAGGAUAGGUGAUAUUUCAUGUUUCUUUAAGGUAGUUGGUUUAUUAGUAUGUUUAGAUGGAAGAAAGUUUAUUCCUUGUUUAAUAAUUAGAUAUGAUCAAUAUUUUUGUGAGCUUGAAUCUUGUUUUCAUUUAUAAAUGCUGAAGGAGGCAGGAACCAGGUAAUUGUUUAGUUUGGGCUAAGGUACUUCAUAAAUAAGAUUUGCUAUUAUGUGUACCUUUUUGUCUACAGGUCAUUAUUGCUGUGGUUUGAGCUCAGCAUGGCUGUAGUCAUCCGUUUACUUGGGCUUCCUUUUAUUGCGGGGCCUGUGGAUAUUCGUCACUUCUUCACGGGAUUGACUAUUCCUGAUGGAGGAGUGCAUAUAAUUGGAGGGAAAAUUGGGGAGGCUUUUAUUAUUUUUGCAACAGAUGAAGAUGCAAGACGUGCCAUAAGUCGUUCAGGAGGGUUUAUCAAGGAUUCCUCAGUAGAGCUCUUUCUUAGUAGCAAGGCAGAAAUGCAGAAGACUAUAGAUGUGAAAAGAACUGAUCGAGUAGGAAGAGGGCGACCAGGAUCUGGGGCAUCAGGGGUUGGCAGCCGAUCUGAUUUUAUUGAGCCAGUUAAGGAAGAAGCAAGUAACUCUGGAUAUGGCUCUUCGAUUAAUCAAGAUGCUGGGUUUCAUACUAAUGGUACAGGACAUGGUGAGUUAAGGCCAAGAAAGACAAGGCCAUUGAAGGCUGAGAAUCCUUACUUGUUUCUACGAGGUUUGCCUUACUUAGUAAAUGAAGAUGAUGUACGUGUCUUUUUCUCUGGUUUAUGUGUGGAUGGAGUAAUUUUCCUAAAACAUCACGAUGGCCGAAAUAAUGGUGAUGCCAUAGUAAAAUUUGCUUCAUGUAUCGAUGCUUCAGGAGGGCUUAAAUGUCAUAGAAGUUUCAUGGGUUCACGAUUUAUAGAAGUAAUGCAAGGAUCAGAACAACAGUGGAUUGAGUUUGGUGGUAAUGCAGUUAAGGAGCUCGAUGUUCCUGUGAGAUCUGAAGAACAUUCUCCACCAAGAGGAAUUAAUGAUAGACAUUUUCGAAAACGGUCUCAUUCAAAAUCUCCCAGACGAACACGUUCUCGUUCCCCUCUUGGAUUUUAUGUUCACUUAAAAAAUCUGUCCCUAAGCAUUAAUAAAAGAGAUAUAAGAAAUUUCUUUAGCGAUAUUGAUCUGACUAAUGAACAGAUAAGAUUUCUAUAUAAAGAUGAAAGAAGAACAAGAUAUGCCUUUGUGAUGUUCAAGACUUUGAAAGACUAUAAUACUGCUCUGGGUUUACAUAAGACUGUUUUACAAUAUCGUCCAGUUUAUAUUGAUCCAGUUUCUAGAAAACAGAUGUUGAAGUUCAUUGAAUGUUAUGAAAAGAAGAGACCAGGGUCAGUAGAGAAAGAGAGGCCUGGACAUGUUGCACAAAAAUACUCUGAAGAAGGCCACUCUAGUCAGAAGCUGUGCAUAUAUAUAAGAAAUUUUCCAUUUGAUGUUACAAAAGUUGAAGUUCAAAAGUUCUUUGCAGACUUUUCUCUUGCUGAAGAUGACAUUUACUUGCUUUAUGAUGACAAAGGAGUUGGUCUGGGAGAAGCAUUAGUGAAAUUUAAAUCAGAGGAACAGGCCAUGAAAGCUGAACGUUUAAACCGUCGAAGAUUCUUAGGGACAGAGGUAUUAUUAAGACUUAUAUCUGAGGCACAAAUGCAGGAGUUUGAUGUAAACUUUUCCUUGACAGCUAGUGAGAAGAUGCAAGCCCAUUCUCAGUCAGAUGACAGAGAUGACCAUUCUCAUUUAUUUGACUCAAAAGAUGCACCCGUAUAUUCAGUUGACCCUUCUGAAAACUUUAGACAUCAGUUAGAGGACUUGAGGCAGCUGGAUAAUCUCAAGCAUCCCCAAGGGGAUUUCCGACAACCAGAGAGGCGCCCUCCAGAAGACUUCAGGCAUUCUCCAGAAGGUUUCAGGUUCCCCCCAGAGGACUUCAGGCGUUCCCCAGAAGACUUAAGGCGCCCUCGGAAGGAGCACUUCAGGCGACUUUCAGAGGAGGACUUCCGCCGCCCUUGGGAAGAGGACUUCAGGCGCCCCCUGGAGGAUGACUUCAGACACUCUAGAGGGGAGGAUUGGAGGUGGCCUCUUGAGGAGGAUUGGAGGCGGCCACUGGAGGAAGACUUCAGGCGGUCUCCAAAGGGGGACUUCAGGCAGCUUCCUAAGGAGGAGUUCAGGCAACCCCCCGAGGAAGACUUCAGGUGGCCUCCGGAGGGAGAUUUCAGACGGCCAUCUGAGGAGGAAUGGAGGCGGCCACCGGAGGAAGGCUUCAGACGGCCACCACCCGAGGAGGACUUUCGGAGGCCCUCAGAAGGUGAUUUCAGGCACUCGCCUGAAGAGGACUACAGGCAUUCGCCCCAGGAGCAUUUCAGAAGGCCUUCCCAGGAGCGCUUCCGGCGGGCGCCCCCGGAGUAUUUCAGGCGACCACCUCCUGAGCACUUCAGGCGGCCACCCCCGGAGCACUUCAGACGGCCACCCCCGGAGCAUUUGAGGCGUCAGCCCCCUGAGCACUUCAGGCGUCCACCCCAAGAGCAUUUCAGGCGUCCUGGACAGGAGCAUUUCAGGCGCCCCCGAGAGGAAGAUUUCAGGCAUCCACCAGAUGAAGACUUCAGAGACCCUCGGGAUGAAGACUUCAGGCACCCUCCAGAUAAGGAUUUCAGGAGCCCCCAGGAGGAAGAUUUAAGAUGUCCUUCUGACGAGGAUUUCAGGCAGCUUCCUGAGGAUGACCGCAGGGAGGCUCCGGAGGAGGACCCUAGACUUCCUGACAAUUUUAGACCACCUGGUGAGGAUUUUCGGAGCCCGCCUGAGGAUUUUAGAAGUCAUCGCCCUUUCGUGAAUCUUGGUCGCCCAGAAGGUGGCAAGUUUGAUUUUGGAAAGCAUAAUAUGGGAGGUUUUCCUGAGGGGAGAUUUAUGCCUGACGCAAAGUUAAAUUGUGGUUCGGGUAGAGUAACUCCUAUUAAGGUAAUGAAUCUUCCAUUUAAAGCUAAUGUCAAUGAAAUUUUAGACUUUUUCCAUGGUUAUAGAAUUAUACCUGAUUCAGUUUCAAUACAAUAUAAUGAGCAAGGAUUACCUACAGGGGAAGCCAUUGUUGCUAUGAUAAAUUAUAAUGAAGCUAUGGCUGCUAUUAAAGAUCUAAAUGAUAGGCCAGUUGGCCCCAGAAAAGUUAAGUUAAUUUUGCUCUAGAGAGCAUUUCUGAUUACAGAAUUAUCUUCCUCCCACAGUAUUGAUGCAGUAGAAUGCCUUUUUAAAAAUUGUUUAUUUUUAAUUAUCUGAUGAAAAGAAAUACUUUUAAUUUUGAACUGUGAAUAGAACAAAUGUAAAUAGUAGAAUGUGAAUCUGGUUUUCUUUUGCUUGCAAAUUGCAGUUCAGUUUUUCUAAUUUAAAAUUAUAUAUACCUUUUUUUUUUCUGACAGGAAAGAACUAAUUCCCUGAGUUCAUUAAUUUUUGUUGAUGUCAUGGGUAAAUCUCAAGACUUAUAUAGAGUACAGUUGUAUUUGGGGGAGAUAAAUUUUAUAUUUACUUUUUUAUUUCAUUCUGUAGUCUAUAUCUUUUACUCAAACUGUAUAAGGAAGUAGCGACUGAUUGUUCAGGUUUGGCAUUUUUCAUUGCUACCUGCUUGCAGAAUUAAUGCCUUUUCUUUGUCUGAGAUAUUAUUGUGUUAAGUCUCCUGUUAACUAUAAAUAGUUCAAAAUGGACAGACUGUCAAGUUGAAGUUUACUUAUGUAAAAAGCUUAGGUGAUUCUUAAGGUUUCCAUGUUCAUAGCUUUGCAAAGUUUCAUAAAAAUAAAAAAUUGCAACCAAAUAGAGC